UCCUUGGAAAACAAAUGCUGAUUUUAAUGCCCACAUAAAGAAUCGACAUAAAGAGUAAUGAAUGAAUGAAUGAGUUUUGAGAAAAAGAAGAGUAAAGGGUGAAAAAGGAGAAGGGAAAAGGACAUCAUUGAUUCUUUAUCAUCACAACUAAGGCAAGGCAGAAGGAACAGCAUGGAUAAAUCUCAUGAAUAAUGCCUAUUUCUUUCAGAACAGGUUAAAAAGGAGACGGAAAAAGGACAUGGCUGGAUAUUUUUCACCACAAGCAAAAAAAGCCAGAACGGGGAGCAUAGAUAGACAUACUCACGUUCUACAUGAAUCCAGUAGCCUCCUGACUGAAGAGCAGUUACAGUGUUCUAUCUGUCUGGAAGUGUUCACUGAUCCCGUCACCAUUCCAUGUGGACACAGCUUCUGCAAGAGCUGCAUUACACAAAGCUGGGAUAAGAGUCAACAUUAUUAUUGUCCAUUUUGCCAAGAGAAAUUCACCAAGAGACCUGAACUCAAGAUUAAUAUAACACUGAGAGAGGUUGCAGAUCACUUCAAGAAGAAAACAGUCACAGAUAAGUCUCAGAUUCUGUGUGACAUCUGCACUGGUGUGAAACAAAAAGCCAUAAAAUCCUGUCUGGAUUGUGGUGUGACUUUAUGUUCAUCUCAUCUAGAGCCUCACAUUAAUGUUCCAAAAUAUAAGAAACACAAACUAAUCAAAGCAGUGAAGAACCUGGAUAAUUACAGAUGCGAGAAGCAUGAGAAACCUCUGGAGCUGUUCUGUAGAGAUGAUCAGAAGUGUGUGUGUCAGUUCUGCACUGAGACAGACCACAAGAAUCACAAAAUUAUUCCAUUAGAGGUGGAGAGUGGACAAAGGAAGAGUCAGCUGGGAAAAACAGAGAUGAAGCUGCAGCAGAUGAUCCUGGAGCGACUGAAGAAGAUCCAGGAGAUUAAUCACUCAGUAGAGCACAGUAAAAGAAGCACAGAGAAAGACAAGUCAGACUGUGUUGAUGUCUUCACUGCUCUUAUUCGCUCCAUUGAGAGGACUCAGGCUGAGCUACUGGAGGUGAUGGAGGAGAAGCAGAAAGCAGUAGAGAAGCAGGCUGAAGGACUCAUUAAAGAGCUGGAACAGGAAAUCAAUAAGCUAAAGAGGAGAAACACUGAGCUGGAGGAGCUCUCACACACUGACGAUCAUCUCCAUCUCCUACAGAUUUACCCGUCACUGUGCAUCGCUCCACGCACCAAGAACUGGACUGAGAUCAGGAUUAACACUGAACUGAGUUUGGAUGCCCUGAGGACAGCUCUGUCUCAGCUUCAGAAGUCUCUGAAUGAUAAACUCAAUAGAACACUGAAUGAAAAACUGAAGGAAACAGUCUCCGCAGAACUGAAGAGGAUUCGGCAGUACGCAGUGGAUGUGACUCUGGAUCCUGAUACAGCUUAUCCUUAUCUUGUCCUGUCUGCUGAUGGAAAACAAGUAACAUAUGGAGACACAAAACAGAAUCUCCCAGACACACCAAAAAGAUUCACUUAUCAUGCAAUAAUCCUGGGAAAGGAGGGUUUCUCCUCAGGAAAAUUUUACUAUGAGGUGCAGGUCAGCAGGAAGACAGAGUGGGACUUGGGAGUGGUCAGAGAGUCUGUUAACAGGAAGGGGAAAAUUGAGGCUCUUCAACCUCAGGAAGGAUUCUGGACUGUGGUUCUGAGGAAGGGGAAUGUGUAUACAGCUGGUGAUGAUUCUGGUACCUACCUCUCAUUGAGAGAGAAGCCCAAGAAGGUAGGAGUGUUUGUGGAUUAUGAGAAGGGUCUGGUCUCCUUUUAUGAUGUUGAGGUCAGGUCUCAUAUCUAUUCUUUCACUGGUCAGUCUUUCACCGAGAAACUCUAUCCAUACUUCAGUCCUUGUUUUAACGAUGGAGGUAAAAACUCGGCGCCUCUGAUCAUCUCUCAUGUGUAAAUUCUCACCUCACUAUAUCAAGAGUGUGUGAAAAGUAAAGAUUUUUAAAAACCACCUUUUUCUCGUAUCUUGGAAAACACAUCACUACAUGAGCAAUGAUCUAUUAUAAUUACUCAUGUUAUAAUUAGUAAUUAUAUCAUUUAAUAUCCUCUAAAGUUUAUCUGGAUUAUAUUUUGCAUGUCUAUUAAAAUAUGUAUGUAUGUAUGUAUGUAUGUAUGUAUGUAUGUAUGUACGUAUGUAUGUAUGUAUAAACCAAAGGUUCACCUUUUUUGAUAGAGAAAUACUUUUAUAAAUAAGCAUUUUUUUUUCUUUUUUCACUUGCAAAAGGAAGUAAGUCUGUGUGUAGUUGUGUUUUCAUACAGUUGUGAGGAUAUAGCAUUGUGUGCAUGUUGUUUGCAUGAGAAGAGACACAAUUAUAGUCUACUGAAUCUGCCAUCUUGACCAGUCGAUUAACUUUGUUAGGGGUCUAAAAUAAUUAUUCAUACUUGAAAGGAAACAUGUAGAAUUGAGUACACUUUUUCUACUGCUAGAUAGUUAGACCCAGCUAACACAAGCUAGCUACGGUAGAUAGCUAAGAACACCCACACAACACUGAAACUGCUGAUGCUUGCGCUUGUAUUCUGGUAAGCUUGUGGGUUGUUGUUUUUUGUUGUUGUUGGGUUUUUUUUUAAUUAAUGUAGUUGAUAUAAUUUAUUUGGUAAUGAGAUUAGCCAGAUGAUUAUUGUCUUUUCUGUUCAAGGGUAACAAGACCAAAUGUCAACUAAUUAAAACCAGUCUGAUACUCAAAAGCUAAAGCCACCGAGGCUGAAGACAUUGAAACACUCAUUAUAUUUUAUUGUUUGGUCUUUUCAUUGUAUAAGAGAUGCUUUUUUCAGUUUCAUAGCCAAUUGUAACUUAUGUAUUAACAUUAUAUUCAUUAUAUUACAUAAUUUUAUUGAUUUGUAUAAAAAUAUGACCAAGGGAAUA